UAUUAACGUUCUUCGGAGGUCACUGCUUCGAGUUCAGUCGUGUCAUAUAGACGACCGGUGGAAUCUCAUUAACCAUAAAGCGUUAGCCGUGUUUGUUGAACAUAUUCUUACUAUAACUGUAACGUCUCUGAACAACUCAAGAUGGGUCGCAAGUUUUACGUUGGAGGAAACUGGAAGUUGAACGGAACUAAGCAGUCUAUUCAGGUGAUCUGCGAUAGGCUGAAGACAUCGCAGCUUGAUUCAGAAACCGAGGUGUGCGUUGGAGUUCCUGCACCAUACAUACAAUUUGUACGAGACCUACUUCCCCCCAGCAUUCAUGUUGCCGGGCAAAACUGCUACAAGGCUUCAAGCGGAGCUUUCACUGGCGAACUUAGCGUGGAUAUGAUUCGGGACUGUGGCGGUGACAGCGUCAUUCUUGGCCACUCGGAAAGACGCAAUGUGUUCGGCGAGAACGAUCAACUUAUUGCAGAAAAGUGCGCCUUUGCACUUCAAGGCGGCCUUGUAGUGAUUGCUUGCAUCGGAGAACUGCUUGAAGAGAGAGAAGCCGGAAAAACCGAAGAAGUGGUGUUCCGUCAGACAAAAGCCUACGCCGACCUGAUCAAGCCUGAUCAAUGGAAAAAUGUCGUGAUUGCUUACGAACCCGUCUGGGCUAUUGGCACUGGAAAGACUGCGACGCCUGAGCAGGCUCAGGAAGUUCAUGCUAAACUUCGAGAAUGGCUCUCAAAGAACGUUUCAGAAGAAGUUGGACUAAACAUUCGUAUCAUCUACGGUGGAUCUGUUACGGCUGCUAAUUGCAAGGAAUUGGCACAAAAACCCGAUGUCGAUGGCUUUCUUGUUGGUGGUGCUUCUCUGAAGCCCGAAUUCGUAGACAUCGUUAACGCCAAAAAGUAAUUCACACCCAAGUGUGGCCAAGAUUGUGGAAGACAAAUGCAGCGAAAUCUAGAUGCCAGAGCAGCGAUUUUCUCACACAGGUAAUAUUGAACAACGAUUUAAUAGAAAGAUGAACGAAUUGCAUUCAGAGAUUAUUUGGUCACAAAUAGAAGAUUUAGCUAUGCCUUACAUGAUAACGAGCGGCCACCAACAGUAAACAAUUAAAAAAUAUCUACAAUUAGUUCGUCAAUUUUACUGCGGAGCAAAACGGAAAAAGAUUGGACACUUCUUCUACUUUUAAUGGUACUCGUGUCACUGUCAGAGUGGAUUGCGUGUGCCAGAAGGCGUUCUAGGUUAGGCUAAUAUAGGAUGUUUAUUUAGACCUUGUUUGAGUUAAUUUCGAACGUGUCUACAGAUAGUAUUUCCCCUUUCUACUUCGUUUUGAUGCACAACAUUUAUUUAACAGUGGCGAGUCGGGAUGUUCCAACCUGAGCCUACAUGUAAAAUGACCUGUGAAUCGCCCUACGUUAUGGUUAAAAAACGGUAUGGGUGAUGAGCACGCAAAAAGGAGGCAAAUAGAAAUAUGUUUCUCUUUGAGUCCUAAAGUUCUUUCAAUAAAAAAAUAAAUGGAACAGGUUCAA